CAUCGCUGCUGGAUGCGCUGCUCAGAAAGUGGAGAAACUGUCUGAAAAUCGAGUCAAUUUGAAGGCAGCGACUGGCAUCGAUAUAUCUCCCAUGAUGUGAACCGUGAAAUAAUUCCAAAAGCUUCAAUUGUAGAUAGACGCCAUCCUUCUGCAUGUUCACCAUCUCUGGUAAGCCAAGCCAGCAUUCCGCAAAGUGUCUCUCUCCUGCUGUCCAAGCAAAGUCGACAGCAAGCUUCAAAGUUACGCCAUCCGUAGAUCGCAGGCGCCCAAUUGAGAAUUGGUCCGUUCACCUGGACACUCUCCACGUCCAACACGCGUCCUCUCGCACAGAUUAUUCCUACUAGGCCUGCAUCCCCCGCACAAUGUCCGAUUCCGACGACUCUCCCAAUGUCCCUCCCGAUAGCAUCAUCUCACGCACCCUCCGCGACGUUGUCAUUGGACUCCAUAAAUCUGGAAACCAUGAAGACCUCACCGUUAAACGCGUCCGGGCGCGUGCCGAGGAACAGCUUGGCUUGCCCUCCGGGUUCCUGAAAAGCGAUCAGAAUUGGAAGCAGAAGAGCAGUGACUUGAUCCACGAGGCCGUGGAUAAGUACUGCGGAGAUGAACCUGCGUCCCCAGAAUCCUCCCCCGCGAAACCCGCUCGCACCAAAGCGCGACCUACGAAAACAGAGGACGUCGAGGCUGGACGUCCCCAGAAGCGAAAGGCCGCUGCGCCUACAAAGAAACCCAAAAAGCGAGCUAAGGUCGUGGAGUCGUCCGACGAGCUCUCGGAUGCGGCUGGCACGAGCCCACCUCCCAAAGAGGAGACCGUUUCCGAAGCGGAAAGCGAGAGCCCCAAGGCGAAGAAGGUUGUACGACGUCCAAGGAAGGUCGUCAAUGAGGAGGAGCCUGAGGGGGCAAAUCAAGAGGAAGCUCGAUCCGCAACGCCAGUGAACAGAACGAAAGACGGGGGAAUGCAGGACAGGAAAGCCAAUGACUCCGACAGUGACUUGUCAAGCCUCAUAGAUGAAUCGCCGGUCAAGAGGAAACGACAGAAGAAGUCCCCUUCAGAGAAACGUACCAAGGCAGCAAAACCCAAGGCGCCAGGAGCUAGGUCCAAGUCCAAAGCUGCCGAAGAGGAGGAUCCUGAUCAGGCAGAGAUCAAGAGAUUGCAAGGCUGGCUGCUCAAGUGCGGUAUUAGAAAAGUCUGGGGCAAGGAGCUUGCAAAGUACGCCACGCCUAGAGAGAAGAUCAAACAUUUGAAAGACAUGCUCAAAGACGCCGGCAUGGAGGGCAAAUACUCCGUUGAAAAGGCCGCUAGGAUCAAGGAACAACGGGAGCUGGCGAAGGACUUGGAGGCUAUACAGGAGGUGGCGCAACGCUGGGGCAAUACUGAAGAGGGUGGGCGGCCUAGGCGUAGGGCGGCAGCUGCUGCAUCCAAAAUCACCUUGCAGGAUUUCAAUGAUGAUGAUGAGGAGGACUCUGCGAAUGAGAAGGAAUCGGGGGAUGAGAACGACGACGAUGGUACGAGUGACGCACAUGUCUCCGGAGACGACAGCGCGAAUGACCAGUCUGACGAACCCAGCGGGGCCGAAGAUGGGGACGAUUCAGAGUGAUGGAUUCCGAAUGAUGGAUUCCAUAAUACCUCUCUUCCGCCCACCCAUGCCCUGUCCUCCGGUUCUGGGACUCUUGUACUGCCAACUACGCGUUACAGGAACGCGCUACUUUCUUCAACACAUGUAGAUUAAUCCCCAUGAUAUCCCGAUAAUUUCUGGAAAUCAUGCGUGUCGUUUCAUCCAAUGCCUUCACCAAGGAACCCUACAAGUCAACAAGUCUUGGCGCUGGAGACCUCGAUAUUCCCUAUUCAAUGUCCACUCCUUCCGGAGGACAUGCGCUGAGCGACCAGACUAAACACCGCGACAGAAGACAUGAAGAGCAC